AAAUGCCCCACGUGAGCCGUACGGUGGCUGUUCGGUAUACGAACUCUUCCCCUGCAUCGGCCGACAUGUGUCUCCGUUUGGACGUGCUCUGACAGAAUCCUAACCGCGGAUCUGGUCAGAGCUCCAGUUAACAAUGGAGAACGCCGAUGUGUUUGGUUCGUCGACGGCGCCUCUGACUUGGCACGACUUCCUCGAGCGAAUGCGCCAGCCUUCGGCUGCCGAGUUCGUCAAAGCCAUAAAAAGUUUCAUAGUAUCAUUUUCAAACAAUGCUCCAGAUCCAGACAAGGAUAGUGCAACAGUGCAGGAGUUUCUUGGGAACAUGGAAGCUGCUUUCCGGGCACAUUCACUUUGGGCUGGCUGUUCUGAGGAGGAGCUAGAGAGUGCGGGAGAAGGGUUAGAGAAAUAUGUCAUGACAAAGCUGUAUCUACAUGUUUUUGCCUCACAUCCUGAAGAUGUGAAAGUUGAUGAACAACUUCAUGAAAAGAUGGCUUUGAUUCAACAAUUUAUCCGGCCAGAGAAUUUGGAUAUCAAUCCAGUCUUUCAAAACGAGACAUCAUGGUUGCUUGCUCAGAAGGAGUUGCUGAAAAUCAAUAUGUACAAGGCGCCAAGGGAUAAACUUGUUUGCAUUCUUAACUGUUGCAAGGUUAUCACAAAUCUUUUGCUAAAUGCCUCCAUUUCAGAAAAUGAAAAUCCUCCGGGAGCAGAUGAUUUUCUCCCUGUCCUAAUAUAUGUCACAAUAAAGGCAAACCCUCCCCAGUUGCACUCUAAUUUAGCAUACAUACAACGGUUUAGGCGUGAAACACGUUUAGUGUCAGAGGCAGCCUACUAUUUCACGAACAUACUUUCUGCAGAAUCAUUCAUCAAGAACAUUGAUGCAGUGGCGCUAUCCAUGGAUGAAACUGAAUUUGACAGCAAUAUGAAAUCUGCUCAAGCACUUGUGUAUGGCCUUAUGGCAGACUCAGAUAAUAUACUAGGUCAUAAUAAUCAAAACUCUGGAGAAGAGGCACUCAAACAGGCCAUGAACACUACCAAACGUGAUGCCACUGUUUUGCAGCCUGAGGCAUCUGAAACUAAAUCCAGAAAUGAUGAACAAUAUGCGAAGGAUCAACCUUCAACUGAUAAAAUCCCAUCAAUCUCAGAUCUAGAAAAUAAAGGGGCAGCUAUGAUUAUGAAGGAGGACAACAUGAGCGACUACUUUCAGAUUUUCCCUUAUUUUUUCUCUCAGGCUGGUUUCUUAACCGUCAGUGAUGUUGAAGAACUGCUAAAUAACUACAAGAAACUUGUAUUCAAAUAUGUAUGUCUUUCUAAAGGUUUGAACAUCGCUGCUGCUCCGUCUCCAAUAUUGUUCAAUGAUCAAGAAGGGCAAAGCCAAACCCAGCUGGAAACUGUCAAAAGCCUAGAAAAUGUGUCGACAACAGAACCAAAUGAUGGGGCAUAUAGAGACUGUCGAUUUACAGCAGCCAGUGACAACAUUGAUAUUCCACUUCUUAAUGCAGAAGAUUCUCAAUCCAGGUUGGCAGUAGAGGAAGAUGUUGAAAGUAAAGACGGGGAAAAUGAAUGAUGGGUGGGUGGGGUUGUUGACAUGUAAAAUCAUAUGUAGUCCAAUACCCAGCCUAUAUUAGAACCCGUUUACUAUUUUAUUUGGAGAAUGGGGCAAAUUAACCUUCUCAUAGAAUGAAAGCAAGGGUAACCAAAAGGAGUUUUUCCACUUUUAGUCCUCCGACUAUUAUGACAUUGACACUUUUGGUACUCAAAUUUGAUUUUUCCCAUUUUUAGUCCUCGACUAUUGUGCUUGAGACACCUUUGGUACCCGUCUUUGAAAUUUUCCAUAUUUAGUCCUUCGACUUUCACAAAAGUGACACUUUUGGUCCUUCAGUUAUUAUAAUAGUGAUAUAUUUAGUCCACUUUUGUGCCAAAAUCAUAAUGGAAGGAAAAGUGUCAAUUUGAUAAUAUUCAAGGGACUAAAUGUAGGAAUUUCUGAAGUCGAGGACUAAAAUUGUCUCUAGCACAAUAGUUAGAGACUAAAAAUGGAAAAAUUAAGAGUUGAGUACUAAAAGUGUCACCGACACAAUAGCCGGGGACUGAAAGUGGUAAAAACUCUGGAAAAGAGCAAGUUCCUACUAAUGCCAAAUUACCAUGUCUUUCACGUGUAGUUGCAUGCUUGUUCCUUAGGUUAUGUUUUUUGCUAUGCUUUAUGAUCUAUUAUAGUAUAUCUUCUGUUAAAUACCAACAUCCUUGACUAGGAUGACUUUCGAAUCUGUGACCUCAUCUUUGGGAGUGUCAGAGUAAUCUCAUCGAACCGCAGGGUGUUUGACGUUCCUUAUAUUAUGUUAAUUAGUAGUUUUUGGUUCAUGGAAUAUAUGUGGGGGUGUAGGCGUAA